UAUAAUUUUGCCUUCUCGGCUCCUUCCUGGGCAAAGAAGCCAUCGUCACUCAUUCCUCUCCCCAGUAUGGCACCAUUGAUGGAGGAAUGGCUGGCUAAGAAGUGCCAGAUCUAGGCCCCUAUGCUUCUCGUCGUGUCCCUGGAUUCCUCCCUCUGAAUUCCAUUAUAAACCCGGCGCCGAAUUCAUUAGUAAUUAGGUAAGACAUGCAGACUGCGCAAGCUUGGUUCACCGGAGGCCCGAGCAGUAGCGAACAGCAGAAAACCUCAUCUUCCCUUCUCUCCGAAUGGAAUUCUUAUGCUGCUUCGAGAUCGGUGGAAGAUGGCGGAUCUUCUGCCCUCGGAUUCGAUCUUGAGGCCGCCGUUAGGACCGCCAACGAUAAGGUCUCCGGGACAUUCAACGUGGUCUCAAAAAGUGUGAGGGAAAUACCUGGAAGCUUCCAGACUGCUACAAGUAGUGUUCCUUCUGGCAAGGCUCUCAUGUACUUUGGACUGCUUCUCGCUAGUGGAGUGUUCUUCAUCUUCAUAGCAUUCACCAUGUUCCUUCCAGUUAUGGUUCUAAUGCCUCAGAAAUUUGCAAUCUGUUUUACUCUUGGCUGUUGCUUCAUUAUUGGAUCCUUUUUUGCUCUUAAAGGUCCAAAGAAUCAACUGAUACACAUGUUUUCAAGAGAGAGGCUUCCUUUCACAUUGGGUUUUAUAGCCAGUAUGGUUGGAACAAUUUAUGUAUCCAUGGUGCAGCACAGUUACCUGCUUUCUGUUUUCUUUUCUGUGAUUCAGGUUCUGGCACUCGCCUAUUAUGCAAUAUCAUACUUUCCUGGAGGUUCUGCUGGUAUGAAGUUUCUGUCUUCAACGCUUUUGUCAUCCAUUCUGAAGUGCUUUGGGAGAUGAUGUAGAAGCAUUUAAUUAUUAUGAAUUCAAUCCAAUGGAUUUUCCCAGAUUUUAAUCAUCUUGAUGAGCUAUUCCUUCUAAUAGAAUGCAUUCAUUCUCUAAUUCUAAGUCCCUUCAAACCUAGUAUCUGCCCUUACCUAGUUAUGAAAAAAUUUUAAAGCGAGCAAUUUCUGUAAGGCAAAUUAGCAUAAUAUUUCUGCAUGUAAAAAAAUUGACAGCAGAUGUUCCAUGGAACUUGCAUUUGGUGAUGGCAAUGCUGAGUGUCCUUUAAUUGUGUUUUUAGUUCA